AUUUCUUCCACCUCAGGAUUUUCAAAGAUUCCAUUAAAAAAAAUCCAAUUUUUUUUUUUUUACUCUGACUUCCUUUUCCUCUGUUUCAUAUUAGCCCAAAGCAAAGCUGAGUUGCAUUGCAUUGCAUGUUCAAUGGCUCAAAUUCAGUUACUGUCCCCUGGGUUCUCUGAAGCUCUCAAAUUCCAAAACCCAUUACCAAAUGGGUGCUCAAGAAGCCCAUGGCGCACGUUAGUUAAGACCAGCAGCAGUCUAUCUUUGAUGGGUCAUGGCGGGAGGAGGCGAAGAGGCUUUGGCAGGGUCAGAGUGGCAACCGAGGGCUCACCUUCAACUGACGCAGUGGCUGAUGACUAUUACUCGGUCUUGGGAUUGCUUCCAGAUGCCACACCUGCACAAAUAAAAAAGGCCUAUUAUAAUUGUAUGAAAGCUUGCCAUCCGGAUUUGAGUGGUGAUGAUCCAGAGACCACAAAUUUCUGCAUGUUCAUUAAUGAGGUCUACGAGGUGCUCAGUGACCCCGUGCAACGAAUGGUUUACGACGAAAUUCAUGGUUAUGCAUUGACGGCAGUCAAUCCCUUCCUGGAUGACUCAACAACAAGGGAUCAUGCAUUUGUUGAUGAGUUCAGCUGCAUAGGCUGCAAAAAUUGUGCCAAUGUGGCCCCGGAUGUCUUUGGAAUCGAAGAAGACUUCGGAAGAGCCAGAGUAUACAGUCAGUGUGGGAACCCAGACCUAGUUCAACAAGCAAUUGAUAGUUGUUCCAAUGCUGAAAAGUGUUCUCGCAAGUCUUCAUAA